AGUUACUGUAAUUCCUUACACCAUGCUUUUUAUCCUUUUGUGAUUUUCGAUAAUGAUUCAACUGUGGUCAUGAGUUCUCAAAUCUUACGUAACUCUUUUUGCGUUUUCGUUUUGCUUACGUAAUGGCCACAGUCUAUCUAUAAUGGGCGACUUCAGCAAUAGAGGGGGGAUGCUGGAGCCAACCAAAAGUGGACCCACGACCUCGCCGAGUACUGCUGCUACAAAUAUCAACAACCUUUUCCCGGCGUUAGUUGAGUGCUUUGUGAUUAUCAUUCUUGGCUAUGGCAGUGGCAGGAUGGGUUUUGUGUCUUCGACACAGAGUAAAGGUAUAGGCUGGUUUGUUUCCCACAUUGCUUUACCGGCUUUGUUAUUCAAGUCAAUGGUCGUUCUGGACUUCCAAGCCGUGAACUGGCGUUUCCUGGCAGCCAUAUUACUUGCCAAAGGAACUGUCUUCGCUUCUGUUGCUAUGUUUACUGUGCUGGUCACAAGAAGUAACAAGUAUGGAAAAGCUGGGAUAUUUGCAAUAUUUGCUACACAAUCAAAUGAUUUUGCACUUGGGUACCCUUUAUUGAAGGCAUUAUAUCAACACUCCAUGCCUGAAUAUCUUCAGUACAUCUACCUACUGGCUCCAGUCUCACUGGUCUGUUUAAACCCCAUUGGCUUUGUCCUAUUAGAACUUGGCCGAAAUAAGAAAAUGCAGCAAAGUAAAUCUCAUCUUGUCUUUGCAACAAUAAAGGGGGUCCUGACAAACCCUAUUGUAGUCAUGACAUUUAUUGGUAUACUUGGCAACUUUAUUCUAAAGCAGGAAGUACCCUCAUUGUUUGUUGGAUUACUGGAUGUCCUAGGGCAAUCAUUCUUUGCCUCAGCCCUGUUUUUUCUUGGACUUAAAAUGGUUGGAAACAUGAAGAAGCAGCUAGGCUAUGGACUGAUAGUACCCUUUCUAUUGAUCUUUGCAAAAAUGCUUCUACUUCCCCUACUUGCACGAGAGUUUGUGCAGGUUUUGCAUGUCAGCAAUGUGAGAAAUGGAACAGACUCCUGGAGCAUGUUUGGAUUCUUGUAUGGAACGUUUCCAACAGCACCCACUGUCGUCAUCUUUGCCUCUAAAUAUGGAGUGGAGACCGAUGUGAUGGCUAGCAGUAUGGUUAUUGGCACAUUCCUGUCAGCUCCAUUGAUGUACAUUUCUGCACGCAUGGCUGCCAUGAAGUAUACUCACCAAGUGUCUAGUGCCUACUACAAGCUGCUAAACAACACAGUCUCUGAUGCUAGCAGUGUUGGCCUACCAUGUGGGGUCUGGGUAAUACUCAUGUUUGUACUGGGUAGACGUUAUGGAGUGUUUCCGCACAAGUUUACGCUGUACCUAGUCAUUUCACAGGUAGUGUUGUGUAUAUCUGUUCUCUUGGCUGAGAUCAACUCUACAAAUGAAUACUGGCACAUGAUCGUGUUUUUGCUACACACCACAGCACUCCAGUGCUGCAAAUGCUGGGUGGCAGUUGUUGCGGUCUGUCUGUGUGUUGUUCGUUGCGGAUUUGAGAUGAAACGCUUUGUUCUACCAAGUCUCUAUGCCUCUGGGUUAGGUCUCCCAGUUUUACUAGGAGGGAUAAAACUGUGUUUUGUGAAAUUGGAACAGCUAUCAAAUGAACCCCGCCCAUAUCUUUACUUUCUCCAACAGCAGAUAAGCAUAUUGACUUUUGACACAGUGGUAGUGAUGCUUUGUGCUGUUGUUGUCAUUGGUUCAUUGGUUAAACUGCAACGCUGUGACAAGUUCUGCAAGUGCAGCAAAAAACAGUCAGAUAUUGAGGAUAGAUGCUAUCGUUGUCAGGAAAAGGCUUCAGCAGGCAAAAACCAAGAAAAUCCAAUAAACUGUGCAGUAGAUGCUGGCUGUUGCAUCGCUAACCUGCCCCAGGACAGUGUAGCAGACAUAGAAAGCCUGGAUGAGACCAUGAGUCUACUGAGUGAACGGGUCUCCCACAAGGAAUACUCCUCCAUAGAGGACAAAGAGAGCUUAUUGAAUGGCGUGACACGUGGCCUUACUCAGAAAGAUAGUGAGACAAGCGUGACUAGCCUUGGUUCAUCAUUAAGGCUGACAUUGCUGGAGCAAGCUUUGAGUCGUGAGGAGACUUAUGAAGGAGAUAAGCACCAGUUGGGCGGGCAUGUCGUCAUGCUUUUGAUUUUCCUCAUCUCCAUGUGUCUGACUAUCUUUCUAAACUUGUGGUGUCUACUGGGUGAGUCCAGAGAGUCAGGAAUUUACAUUGCACUGAGAGAACUGGAUACCAUCCUGACAUUUGGACAGAGUUUUAUUGUGUUUGCCUGUUUUGGUCUGGAGAAACAGCUGAUCAUUAUUCCCUUUGUUAAAAGGUGGAGACGGUUCUGGUAUGGUGCUGAGGAUUUGGCAUUACCGCCUCCAGGUGAGCUGGACCCAGAUGUUAUACAUCUGUGUGAACAGUUCAGGAAACAUCACAAGCUCAAGUGCAGAAGGGCACUGGUUAGCGACAAAAGGUAUCGCCUUCGCACAUACAAGAAUGUGUUCCGCGGGGAUCAGAUGGUGGACUGGUUACUCGAUUGUGGAUUGGUUGAAGAUCGCCCGGCCGCGGUGCAUUACGGUAACAGUCUACUGCUGGGCCGCAUAAUCGAACACGUGACCAAGGAACACGCUUUCUACGACAGACCUUACUUUUACAAGUUCGUUAAAGAUCAUAUUUAAAGCCGCAUUGUCACAAGUUUACUUCCGGUCGAUUACGUAACAAUAUCCGAUGAUUUUUAACGGAAAACGCGAAAAAUAUUUCAAAAUAUUGAAAGCAGUGUGUCUAUUGAAAGUUUCUUAGAGGAUGUGAUUGAUAAUUUAGAGCGGAUGGCCUGUUAAAUAUCUCGGAUUCUAAUAGAUUCUUUUGUUUUUAACCGUUGAGGUUUCCGUCGGACCUCCGGAAGUAAACUGGUGACAAUGCGGCUUUAAUGCUGAAUAUUUUAUAAUUCCAUUCCAUUAUACUAUAAAUAGAUAAUCACUCAGGAAUGACUGAAAGCUUUAUAAGAAUGCCGUUAGUUUAUUUAUACAUUAUUUGUUUCUGAAUUUAAUAGAGAUUCGAUCUGUUAUUUAAAGUUGGUGUUGGGUCUAUAAACAGGGAUUGUCUUCAAGAGAGAAUAAAUAUUAUGUUCUCUUGAUUUUAUUUAUGAUUAUCACAAAUAAAGGAAGUUAAGUGUGAAGUACAA